AUGCAUCGCCAGCAGAAUGCGUCGGCCGCGCACCAGGUCGAGACCCGCGUCGCCAGGCGGCUCAAGGAGAGGGAGGACUCCAAGGCGUCAUCCGGCGGCGGAGCAGGCGGCGGAGCAAACUCACCGGGAAGGUCGUCGUCGGCGGCGGCGGCGGAGGAGGAGCGGAGAUGGCCCGCCGUGCCGAAGCCGUUCCAGGUUGACCCGGAGCUCGUGUCCCUCAACAAGUUCCACUCCACCUACGCGUCCGCCGGCGAGGUCGCCAUGUUCGCCAUGCUGCCGGGCCUCACAUCGGCGGGCUCCCAGUCCGCCGUCUUCGACGAGGUGCUCCGGGCCACGGCGCUGGCCAGCUCGUCUCUCCAGAUGCAGCAGCCGGGCCUCAUGGCGCGCGCCAAGCAGCACUACCGCCGGGCCAUUAUGAAAAUCGGCGCGGCGUUGCAGAACCCGGCGACCGCGCAGGAUGACUCGGUCGUUGUUGCUUUGCUCACGCUCGGCAUUUACGAGGCACUAGUACCGGACUCGACACCGAAAAAGAUCACGUCGCACUGCCGGGGCUCCUUAGUCCUCCUCCGAUAUCGAGCCGAGCAGGGUGUUGCGAGCUCGCUCGACAACGGCCUGCUGACGUUUCUCAUCCACCUCGGCAUACUCGAGACAUUCAUCGGGCUGUACGGCCGGUCUUCGGUCCUGCCCGUCGUGAAGAACGCCCCCUGGGCAAGACAUUGCACCAUGGAACCUCUACUCGAGCGAGCGAUGGAUUUCAAGGAGACGAUUUGCAAAGCACUGCUGUCCACCGAGACUUGGAGGUCGUCCGUCCCGCACAUCCUCCGGACCGGUCUCGACAUCAUUCGCGACCUCGAGGCCGCCGCGAACUACAGCAUCACGUCUCCCGGCCCGCGCAAGACCGGGGCGGACGGACAAGGCCUGAACAACUUCAACGGGCUGCUGAGCCGCAAGUCGUACGCGAGCGAGGCCAUCGUCCGGGGCCUCUACCUGACCGUCCGGCUGCACGUCCUCGAAUACAUCCUCAGCCUGUCGAUGGCGCUCGGCGAGCUGACGCGCGAGGAGCUCAGCAUGCUCGCCAGCCUGCCGCACGGGCUGUCGGCGCUCGAGCAGGUCUGCGAGCAGAUCCGCGUCGUCUUCGGGUUCGACGGCCGGGAGCCCGCGUCGCGCGAGCUGGGCAUCGGCUUCAGCGCCUGGUGCAUGUUCUGGCCGAUGCUCGCCGUGCUCAAGUCCGGCUUCGCCGACAAAUACACGAGGCUGUGGGUCAUGGACAAGUGCGCGACGGUGAGCCGGGCGUCCGGGUUCGGCAUGGCCAUGUACCAGAUGGGCUGGUUCGAGCAGAAAUCUUGUAAGGCGGGUGCGACUGGGUGA